AUGACAGAUAUUAAUAUAGACACUGACAAUUUUGAACCAAAACGAGGGACCAAAAGAUUUGUUCCCACAGAAGAAACUGAUAUGGAAGUGGAAGUUCACAAUGGCAUCCAAGGUAGGAGUAAAAAUAGACCACCAAAAUCGAAGAAAGUGAGGACCCAGUCUUUUUCGGAAACCAAAGAUGAUGUACGAAGAAUUCCUGUGCCUACCCAUAGAUAUACACCUUUGAAAGAAAACUGGUUGAAAAUAUUCACUCCAGUUGUAGAACAUCUACAACUACAAAUUAGAUUCAACUUGAAGAGUAGAAAUGUGGAGAUAAAGACCUAUGAAGAUACUAAGGACAUUGCUAAUCUUCAGAAAGCUGCAGACUUUGUGAAGGCUUUUGUAUAUGGUUUUGAAGUGGAAGAUGCACUGGCCCUCCUACGUUUGGAUGAUCUAUUUGUUGAGACCUUUGAAAUAAAAGAUGUAAAAACUCUAAAAGGUGAUCAUCAAUCAAGAGCAAUUGGAAGACUUGCUGGUAAAGGUGGAAGGACAAAAUUCACAAUAGAAAAUGUCACCAAGACUAGAAUUGUCUUAGCAGAUAGUAAAAUACAUAUUUUAGGUAGUUUUCAGAAUAUUGCUUUGGCUAGAAGAGCAAUUUGUAACUUGAUUUUAGGUUCUCCACCUUCCAAAGUUUAUGGACAACUCAGAAGUGUUGCUUCUAGGGUUUCAGAAAGAAUGUAAAUAAAAUGUUCACUAAUUUAUA